GCCCGCCCGUAGCCUGUGGACGCCAUAUUGCCCUCCUCAGCCGGAGCGGAGCGGGAAGGCGGCGAGAGGAAAAACAGCGAAUAAAACGCGGAAAACGCGGCGGAACGCGCCCGAGUGCCAGCCUGAAGCGAACGGACGACAGAAUGGCGAGCCCAGGAAAAGAGAACUAUCGAAUGAAAAGCUACAAGAACAAGGCCCUGAACCCGCAGGAGAUGAGGAGACGGAGGGAGGAAGAGGGGAUCCAGCUGCGGAAACAGAAGAGAGAAGAACAGCUGUUCAAGAAGAGGAAUGUGUGUGUGCCGUCGGGCGAUGAGUCCAUGCUCGAGUGCCCCAUUCAGGAUCCUGACGUCAGCUCCACUGUCCCUUUAUCUGGAGAAGGAGUUAUAACUCAAGACAUGGUACAGAUGAUCUUCUCAGAAGACCCAGACCAGCAGCUAAUAGCGACCCAGAAAUUCAGAAAAUUACUCUCCAAAGAGCCCAAUCCUCCUAUCGAUGAGGUUAUCCUCACUCCAGGUGUCGUAAGCAGGUUUGUGGAGUUCUUGAAGAGGAGUGACAACUGCACCCUCCAGUUUGAAGCUGCCUGGGCCCUGACCAACAUCGCUUCCGGGACAUUCCUGCACACUAAAGUGGUGAUUGAGACAGGAGCUGUGCCCAUUUUCAUUGAGCUGCUUAACUCAGAGUACGAAGACGUGCAGGAGCAGGCUGUGUGGGCACUAGGUAACAUCGCGGGAGACAAUGCAGAGUGUAGAGAUUUCGUCCUGAACUGUGGUAUUUUACCAUCCCUGCAACAGUUGCUUGCAAAAUCGAACCGUCUCACGACGACCCGUAAUGCCGUUUGGGCACUGUCUAAUCUGUGCAGAGGCAAAAACCCUCCUCCAGAUUUUGCAAAGGUUUCUCCAUGUCUGAGUGUUCUGUCCAGGCUGCUGUUCAGCAGUGAUCCGGAUGUGCUGGCAGAUGCUUGCUGGGCGCUCUCUUAUUUGUCCGAUGGUCCAAAUGACAAAAUACAGGCUGUUAUCGACUCAGGAGUGUGCAGGAGACUGGUGGAGCUGCUUAUGCACAGUGAUUAUAAGGUGGUGUCUCCUGCUCUGAGGGCAGUGGGUAAUAUUGUAACUGGAGAUGAUAUUCAGACCCAGAUAAUCUUGAACUGCUCAGCGCUGCCCUGCCUGCUUCAUCUGCUCAGCAGCCCUAAGGAGUCCAUUAAAAAGGAGGCGUGCUGGACGGUGUCCAACAUCACUGCUGGAAACAGAGCACAGAUACAGGCGGUUAUUGAUGCCAACAUUUUUCCUGUGCUGAUCGAGAUCCUGCAGAAGGCAGAGUUCCGCACCAGAAAGGAGGCUGCAUGGGCAAUAACAAAUGCCACCAGCGGGGGCACUCCAGAGCAGAUGAGGUAUCUGGUGUCACUGAAUUGCAUUAAACCAAUGUGUGACCUGCUGACGGUGAUGGACUCCAAGAUAGUGCAGGUUGCUCUAAAUGGCCUGGAAAACAUCCUCAGACUUGGAGAACAGGAGUCUAAACAGAACGGCACUGGCAUUAACCCUUACUGUGCACUCAUCGAAGAGGCUUAUGGUCUUGAUAAGAUUGAGUUUCUCCAGAGUCACGAGAACCAGGAGAUUUACCAGAAGGCCUUUGACCUGAUUGAGCAUUAUUUUGGCGUGGAAGAGGAAGAUGCCAGCAUCGCUCCUCAAGUGGAUCAGAACCAGGGCCAGUACAUCUUCCAGCAGCCUGAGGGGCCAAUGGAAGGCUUCCAGCUCUAACCCAGCCUUGCCCUGUUUAACCCUGCUCCAAACUACCCUAGCUAAGCUUCAGGUGCUGCUUCCAUCCUACCUGAAGCCACAACACACUCUCUAUCCCUCUGUUUCUCUCUCUGGAUUGGAGAAAAGGACUGCUGAAACAUCUCCAAAGCCCCAGAGUCCUUCUUCUCCUCGUCAACUUUUCCCAAAAAGUGCGAUAAGAGAGUGGAUGAAUGAGGAAACCUCUUGAAUCCUGUAGGAUCUUACAGGAAUGAUCCUGUUGUGAACUCUACCGUGUCUCACAUAGACUUAUAGUAUUUGUUUUUCUUUAUGUUAACCUCGAUAUAUUUACAAUAAGGCAAGAACUGUCCUUCCUUCUUCGUUUUCAAAUUAUUAUUAUUAUUAUUAUUAUUAUUAUUUUUAGAUAUUGGCACUGGUGUCCCAAAAGAAUAAAACUCCAUAUCCCUUUCGAAAUGUGAAACUACCUCUGUAAUCAUCAGCGAAAAAAAGUGUUUGGAAACAUUGAAAGCGCUGACGGUAGAGUUUUAUCCUGCUUUUCUCAAAUGCACACUGGUGUUUUCACUGUGUAGCCUGUGGCACAUUCACAGCCACUCCUGAUUAGUUACAAACUGUAAUGGUUGAUUUUUGAAUUUGCAUGGUCAAAGUUUAUUUAAAGUGAAAGAUAUUCCCUGCCUGUGUGACCACACACAUACACCUGUCUAAUGCUGUGUUUUGUUAACAAGCAAAUGAACGUCUAUCAUGAUAUCAGAUCCAGUGCGAGACCUUGAAACUGCUGCCAUCUAGUGGUUGUCCUGAACUAAAAUAUUGGCACUGACUCUUGUGCUGAUGGAUAUUAUCAGAGAAGAGGAGUUUCUGGAGGUGUAUUUAUUGUGACUGAAAUGUGUGUGUGUGUGUGUGUGUGUGUGUGUGUGUGUGUGUGUGUGUGUGUGUGUGUGUGUGUGUGGAGAAGCUGGACAGCCGGACUUUCACACACUUAUCCUGCAGCGUGUAUCCUGGAGAUUGUUGAACGCUACAGUGCGUCUUAUUUAUAUAUCGGUCACAUGGCCAUUCUAAUGCAGUCUGUGUCUCCAUCCACCUUCAUGUUUUGUGAGGAACUGUAUGGGAGCUUGCAUUACUUUUUUCUUUUUUUUUUUUCCCCUAUCUGGGGUUUGUUGUGUUGAUUUGAUUUGUUUCUGAAGAAAAAAAAAAUUCAUUUGUUGGCUGUUGGCUUUAAGGUAGAAAAUGCUCAGUUUGAUUUCAACGCUUGGACUGGAAUUUACAUAUUCAAUGAAUAAUAAAAAUGAAGUUGCUCCAGGACGACUAAUGCUGGACUUAAAUGCUAACGGAGGGGCGUAGCUUUUCUGUUUUGGUGUUGAAUUGUAUUUAAUCCAACCACCCUCCUGCCUCUAAAUGCCAUAAACACCUGAUGCGCACCUGCCAUUUCCAUUAAAUGCUGGUUUGAAAACCUGUGUUAUAACCCUGUAUCUCAGGCUUUAUUUUGUUUGUCCUCGUUUACUGAAAUGUCUGCAGACUGCCCACUGUUUUCAGCAUGCUCUGUAUUGAAAAAAUGAAAUCUAUUUCAUUUUUAUUUUAGCAUUGCAGUUUAGUUUCGAGUCAGUAUGUCAUAUUUACACAACAUUUCAGAUUGUAAAACAAGCACAUUCAGUGGUGUAUAGUUUUCUAAUAUUUCUCAUGUUUGUACAAUGUUUUUCAGGUUUGGGUUGCUAUUUUUCCUUUUCCCCCUUCUCAUCGGGGAAAGUGUUUUUUUUUUUUUUUUUUUUUUUUUUUUUUUUCCCCUCUCCUUUUCUUAUUAUUGGUGUUUCAAAGUCGACGUGGGUACCACUCUGCAGUGUAGAGGACAUCAGUUUUCUCCUCAAGAAUGUUGAAAUUGUGUAAAAUGAUGUAGAACAAAUAAAAUGUUCUGUUACACAUGGAAAA